GUUUCUUUUUCGCGUUUAAACACUCUUAUGAACACUUUUAGUGCACUAGCUGAUCCAAACGAACCUAUUGAACCUACUGAUAUUGAAUUUUUUACUUUCACUGGCUUGGUUCCCGACGCCAAAGUUGCAGUUCAGAAAAGUUCUUUUGAGAUAGAAAAAUAUCCAGCCACUGUCUCUUUACUGGCCUGUUCAAACCAACAUGGAAACUUUGUAGCAGCAACCAACACAGGCUUUUUAUUUGGCAACACCAAAGCUUUAAGAAAGACUUUUUAUAACACUGAAAAAGGUGCUACUUCUACACUUGAAGAAGAUAAAGUCUCUGUUUCUCUUGAUAGACCAGUUCAACAAGUCAGAUAUUCAGCCAAUGAAGACCAAAUAUUGAUUGCAACAGCAGGAGGACAAUUGUUAGUGUAUUCAGUACAUGAUGUCCAAACAAAUAAGGAACACGUCAAACCAAUCCAUACUUACAACCUGGGCAAAGAAAUCAUUGAUUUAAGGCCUAAUCCAGAAGCAUUGCCCAACUUGACAGCCAUCUUAUUUAAGGAUCAACGCUGUCAAAUCAUGGACACCACAACAGGACAAACACAAUGUGACAUACCACUUGAUAAUGUCACUGCUAUUUGUUGGUCACCCAAAGGCAAACAAAUUGUGUGUGGUAAAACAGAUGGUAGCCUUCAGCACUUUGAUAUACAGGGCACUAGCAAAGAUGCUUUGUCUAUUCCAAAGCCUUUAGCUGCAGGUCAUGGAGAUGAACAAGAAAACAGAUAUGUACAGGAUGUAUUAUGGAUUGAAAACCACAUUUUUCUCGUCUUAUACGCUCGUCCUCGACACCAAGAAGAAGAGGAUUAUGUCAAUGAUGGCUAUAUUAUCAACAGAAAGCCAACAACAGGCAGUGCAGGUCCUGAAUACAUUCGUCUUGCAGAAGUCACGCCUAUUUUCAGCACAGAAGGUCGUGGUAAUCAUUUCUAUAUGGAGAUUGUCCGCGGCCUUGGUAGAGAAAUCAAGCAUUUGGUGAUCAUUGCUAAUGCUGCCACUGCGGAAUUAUCCGUUGUUGGUGAGACACAAGAUGGUGUCUGGUCAACAUGGCAAUUGCCUGAAAAUGGAUUAGCAAACCUUCCUUUGUCUGAAGAAACAUCAAUGGACACAUAUCCUCUUGGUUUAGCUUUGGAUUUAACAGCGGAUGAAAAGUUGCCUCCUGUGGAUCCCAGUGAGAACGAGACGGGUGUUGAUCCUGUACCUAUUCUCUAUUAUCUUAAUGAUGAAGGCCAUAUGGGUGCUCAUCAUUGCUAUAAUGUUGAGCUUGCCCGUAGAGGUGGAUCAUAUAAAUCAGAAAACCAACCUUCCAACACAACAACAACUACUACUAUUACAUCAUCAGCGCCCGUUUCUGCCUUUGGUACAUCUGCUUUUGGUUCUGCUAUGGAAUCAAAGAGCACUGGUGGCUCAUUCGCAGAUCUUUUGUCUGGUAAAGCAGCAGCACCACCUGCUACUACUACAGCAGGUGGGUUUGGCUCUAUUGGUGGAGGAGGUCUUCCUUCCUUUUCAAAUUUAGGUUCAGUACCAAAAAUAUCAUCUGGAUUUGCCAAUGCAUCUUCAUUCAGCACGCCUGCUAAACCUUCUUUUGGAGCUACUACAGGCUUUGGUUCAACAACAACUACUACUACUACUACUGCCAAUAACAAGCCUGCUUCUGCGUUUAUUGCACCUCAAAAACAAGAAGCAACAGAGAAAAAGCUUUCUUUCUUUGGAUCUACUUCUACUAGUGAAACCAAACCUGUUUUCGGAUCCUCUACAGACACCAAACCUUCUCUUUUUGGAUCUACUGCUGCUAAUGAAACCAAACCUGCUUUUGGAUCUACAUCAACACUCGGUGGAUUUGGUUCUUUGGCUAAAAAUACUGUGCCUGGGGCUACAUCGUUUGGAUCACCUUCUUCUCUUGGUUCUGGUGCCAGUUUUGGAUCAUUGGCAAAGAACACUGUACCUGGAGCUACAACACCUAAACCUUUUGGAUCAUCCUCAUUUGGUAGUAGCUCAUUUAGCUUUGGUGCUUCACCAUCAUCUCCUGCUGCUGUUACUACUACUACUACUACUACUACUACUACUACUUCUAUUACUAAAGCUACACCAUCUACUGUUGCUGCUGCUACAAUAACAACUAAAACUACUACUUCACCGUCUCCUACUACUUCUCCACCAGCUCUUGCUGUUACUAAAGCUACACCAGCUCCUGCUACUCCUACUACUACUACUACCACCGCCGCCACCGCCACCACCACUAGUGCUACUACAAAACCAUCUACUACAACACCUUCUACUCCUACCACUAAACCCACAUCUGAAGCACCUAGUAAAGACACCGAAAAAGAUUCUACAAGCACAACAAAGCCAGAACCUACAGCAAAGGAAGGCAUGGCAAAAGAAUAUGAAUCUUUAUAUAUCAUUGUCAAUCAAGAGUUAGAAAAGUUGAAACAAUAUGCUGAAAAAGCUUCUGUGGUUAUCAAUGCCAAUACUAGCUCGUUUGGACCAAAGACAAAAGAGAAUUUAGCAUCAGAAGGAUCCUGGUGUUUGACUGACUGUGCUCAAUUGGGUUCUAUCUCAAAAGAACUCUUGACAGAUGCUCAAAAGAUAGAAGAGGAACUCAAUCAAACUGAAAAUACACUGCAAGACCUUGUCUUGAGCUGUAAAAAAUCCAUGGACAAGAAGGAAGAUGUUGCUUAUUUACUGAAAAAGGAUGUGGAUCAUCAUGUUGUUGAUAUUAUGGACAACCGAGAAUUAGACGUAGAAGCCAAGUCUAAUUUGAAAUCACUCACAAGUAAAGCAGACGUGUUUGGUGGUGCAUUGGAUGAUUUAGAGUACAAGUUUCAAGAAAACAAGAGAAGAAACAAGAUUCGCAAUGAUCAUCAAUCAGGUGAACUCUCUUUGUAUUCUUUACACCGCGCUGUCAGAGAUAUUGAACGAGACAUGAUUUGCAAGAGCAAAGAGGUUGCUGAACUAGAAGAAAACUUUGCUCAUUUCAAAUUAAAUGACAGUAGAAGAAGAGCAAAGCGUGUUGCUUUUACCUGCGAUGAUCUAAGCGAUACUGAAGAUGAACAAGAGCCCCAAAUUACUGAAGCGUCUAUUCAACAUACAACCAGAUACCUUCGUCGCUAUAACUUCUUGGACUGUGUCUGUGAAGAAACGAGCAAGCGAAUGCCUAUUGAAACCACCAUAACUCAGUAAAUAAAC